AUGACAGUUAUUGCAGGGCAUUCACGAAAAGCCCAAUCCAACGGUUCUAAUAUGCAGCCUUCCAGUUUCGCUGAGCGAACACGAGGGACUCACGGGAGUAUUGGCAGCGGUUUGAGCGGUAAUCCGAACUGGAGUAUGAGCACACUCUGGAAGGAUAGUCUAGAUGAUUCCGCAGGCCAUCCAACACUGCAGGGUGUAUCUGGAUCAAGCUCCUUAUUAGCCUCCUCCGAGUCUGAUGGCUGGAACGCCCAUCGAAAUGUCCCUUGGCCAUCGAGAGGACAGGGCAAUGGGAUGACUACAUCUUCUGUCCAAACUCGCUCUACUGAUCACAGCAUUGCUGCCAUGUCGAAUGGCAACGACGCUUCGAAUUACUUUGCACAGCCCACCUCCGGGUCAGGGCCAUCGCCUGGUACGGGUCAAAUGACUUACUUAGAUUCUGGCCCGGAACGGAUUUCCCCUGCUGGCGAAGCGAAUGUCAUGGGAAGCCGACCUGUAUACAGGAAUAAUGACAGGAGGAACGCCGGAUACGCUGCAGCUCCUGUUACAGCUGGUUAUCAGACCCAGUCCGGAUACGCAAGUCCGCUGGAUAGCACAAGGCCCGAACACAUCGCGUCAAUCAAUAUCCCCUCCGUGUCUCAGGCACUGUCGGAGGGUAUGGAACCGCGCAAUACUCGCAAUGGUUACGCUCACUCAUCUCAUAACUCGGCUUCAUUUGUUCCUCAGAGACCUGCUCAUUCUGCCUUUCCCUCAUAUCACUCGGAAACUCAGUUUAGUGGCCGUUAUGGUAGUGAAUCUGCGAAUGUCAACGCAGCCAUUGAGAGACUCCAACUGAACGAGACACACAGUGCUGUAAACCGACCACCCUAUGUGUCUCACGCAUCAUUGGAUAGCUCGAUAAAUCGGCUGAGAUACCAGAGCCUAAACGAUCAGGAUGGCUACCAAGCCAUGCAAAACAUCGGUGCCGAAGGUCCUGCUCACAAUCACGGCAUGACUUAUCAAACAGGGCGUUCACCGCAUUUCAGAGAAUCAGACCUGGUUCCAUCCACUGAGUAUCCGCUGGACAGCUCCUACAAUGCGGCAGGGCCUAACUCUGGCGGUCCUUAUCGAAGUACGCUGAGAAACAAUUCCCCUGAUGGUCAGAUCGCAGGAUUACAGGGUAGAUUGCGAAACAAUCGGUCUAUGGAGACCUCCUACCAAGUGCCAAAUGUGAUGGCACGUCAGCAACAAUUUUCUCCGGGAUACGACUAUGGUUAUCAACCACAGACUGCUUUAGCAACUAUGUAUCCUGUUGCACAGGCUGUAGCCCUUGCCAACCGCCAACCGCCACGUGACCUGUCAACCAAUCAGGCCACAAUUUCGCCUAGAAUGGCAGACUUUAGGGUACAACAGAAAACCAGGAAGUUUGAACUCAAGGAGGCAUAUGGUCAUAUUGUAGAGUUUAGCGGGGACCAGUAUGGCUCUCGGUUCCUUCAACAGAGGUUGGAGACCGCCAACAGCGACGAAAAGGAACAUGUUUAUCAGGAAAUUAUACCCGAAAUUCUCCCGCUGGCCAUGGAUAUUUUUGGGAACUAUGUUGUCCAAAAAAUGUUCGAACAUGGCAGCCAGGCGCAAAAGAAGUCCCUAGCCAGUCAAAUGAAGGGAAACUUCUUUACUUUGUCUGUGAAUCCUUAUGGGUGUCGCGUGGUCCAAAAGGCUUUGGAGCAUGUCCUCACCGACCAACAAAUUUCUUUGGUCAAGGAGCUCGAACCACGCGUUGUCGAGUGUGUUGAGAACAAUAAUGGGAAUCACGUCAUCCAAAAAGCCAUUGAGAAAGUUCCCUCUCAAUACACCAAGUUUGUGGUCCGCGCGUUCAGGGGACAGGUGGAAAAGCAGGCGAAGCAUACCUAUGGGUGCCGCGUUAUCCAGCGGAUGCUCGAGAACUGCGAAGAAGAAGACCGUCGAUCCAUACUAUCCGAGCUUCAUGCCUGCGCUCCAAGGCUAAUUGAGGAUCAAUACGGAAACUAUGUGAUUCAACAUGUCAUUCAACAAGGCGACGAAGGUGACCGGGCCGCCAUGAUCGAUGUGGUUAAGCGAAAACUCCUCUGGCAUUCGAAGCACAAGUUCGCAAGCAACGUCGUGGAGAAAAGCAUCGACUAUGGUAACGAAACCCAACGUCGGGAAAUCAUCGCAAAGUUGGCAACCGAGGCAGGCGGUGGUGAUGACCAUCUCAUUGGGUUGAUGGCAGACCAGUACGGGAACUAUGUGUUUCAAAAAGUCCUUGGUCACCUUAAGGGUGUGGAACGAGCCGCGCUCGUGGAGCGCAUCAAGCCUCUGCUGCCGCAAUUGAAGAAAUCCAACAAUAACUGUAGCAAGCAACUCGCGGCAAUUGAGAAAUUCAUCGGAGAAUCGAGUCCGGCCCCGAAUCCGGCUGUCCCUGCUUCAAACCAUGCAUCCACCACACCCCCCAAUUCUCACAAAUCCUCGCCGCAGCCAAUUAAGCGCUCAGUGGAGGAUCGCUUCAUCACAACGCCGCCCACUCCGCCACCGGCGGACAACCAAGGCAAUGGCGAAAACACCGCCUCUUUGUCUGCCUCUGCAUCAGCGGAGGUCACGCCCACUCUUCAUUGA